UGGCGAACCGUCCUUCCUUCAUACUAGCCACAGAAAUCGGCGGUGGCUUGAAUUCUUCCACACAGUACCCCACGUUAUUUCGCGCAGUAGUAAAUUUGAUGUCUUUCGAAAGUAACUGGAACGAAAAAGCUGCUUCUCAACUACAAAACAAAACUCUAAAAACAGUUUCAGCUCUACAAAAUUUUAUUCAAAAUAUUAUAAAAACAUCGCAUUCUGCUGAUCUUCUUUCUUCUGCUAUCAGUCAUACCGUUAAUCAGGAUUCUGUUAUAACUUCAACAUCCAAUAAGGUCACUCAGCUUAUUUACACCAUUGACCGUCUGUCCGAUCAAGAGAAUCUUCUUCGAACACGUUUGGACUUGCUUUAGUAUAGCAUUCUACUUUUUUUUCUAUAAAAUGCCUAUUGGGACUUUACCAAACAUUCUAAUAACGGGUACACCUGGUACCGGUAAAACAACCAUAUCUAAAGAAGUAUCUGAACGCAGUUCAUUAAAUUACAUAAGCAUCAAUGACGUUGCCAAGGAAGGAGAGCUAUAUGAUGGAUUUGAUGAAGCUAAUCAAUGUCAUAUCCUUGAUGAAGACAGAGUUGUGGAUGAAUUAGAAGAUGCUAUGUCAUCAGGUGGUCAGAUUGUUGACUAUCAUUCCUGUGAAUUCUUUCCUGAGCGGUGGUUUGAUGCCGUAUUUGUGUUGAGAACGGACAAUACAAUUCUCUAUCCUCGUCUUACUUCUCGUAAUUACCCUAAUGAAAAGGUUUCAGACCUUAUUCAUUGUGAAAUUGUUCAGGUUGUUCUCGACGAAGCUCGUGAGUCGUAUAGUACAGACAUAGUACAUGAAUUAAUUAAUAAUACUCCUGAAGAUUUAGAAAACAAUAUUUCCCAAAUCUGUGAAUGGAUCAAGCAGUGGCGUAAUAAAUCAUCUUAAAUCUUUUCUCUUAUUUAAAUGUUUCAAAUUAAACUGUAUGAAAAAAUAAUUGAUGAGAAAUGCAUAAAUAUCCUAUUUUUUAAAUUUUCUCAUUUGUAUAAAAAUUAUCAACUAUUGAAAAAAACCAUGUAUAUUUGUGUUUUUCCUUUUAAAGCAAGUAUAUAUGUAAAUAAUUUAUUCUGAAAUAAAUAUUUUUCCAGG